UGUUUACAGGUUGUGACCUGUUUUACAUGUCGACCUACAAAUAACAGAUGCAGUUGCUCUGUAAUAUUAAAUAUGUUGAGAGAGCUGAAGUCAUCAGCAUUUCCUUGUGAUGUUAUAAAACAUCUGAUGACACUUGUGAAGACCAUAUGUGUAGAAAUAGCCAGUCCUCUCAAUGAUGAUCUGGUUACUGUUACUGUUUAUUAUCUUUCCCACAAAAUGUCCUAAAAUGAAUAAUCCUCUUUGUAUUACAGAUCCUAUCAAUCCUAAAGAUGUCCUAAAGGAAACAGAAUGAUACUGAUGAUCACAUACUACACAAGCAUGAUAUGGGCAGGUAUACAGAGGCACUCAAUACAUGCACACAUACAAGAUUUAAUUUAUUAUUAGAAAUAUAAUAUAUAUAGAUUAAAAAAAAACUUCUAACUUAAAACCAACUGUACGAGUAAAGUGGUAUACAUAGCUGCUAGCCUAACAGUCUUGCUACAGGUUGAUACAGUUUGACAUUUUAACUUGGAUAAAUGAUGAUGAUCUUUUGAAAGAAAGGAGUGUCGGUCCGGUGCGUCUGACCAGCCCAACAGUGUGGUGCAAGAUGGCCAGCACACCACUGGUCACUGUGCCGGGCCUGGUACCAGUUUUUCUGGACGAGCUCCAGUUCUUCAACUGCUGAAACACAAAGAACUGGCUCCAGAGCAGACACUGGUCCCAAACCAGCACCGGAACCGCCUCGGUGGAAAAGGGUUAAAAGAGGCGUAUUAAACUUAGACUUUUCAAAACCAGUUGAAAACUCUCUGUUGUUCACCUACAGUUCUCUUGUCUUAAUGGAUUAUAUUGAUUCACAGAAGUGUUUUUUUCCAGCGGUUCCCACAGCUGCACAUUUUCCAUCUCUUCCUUCCCCAGUCACACCUAAUUAGUGGCACCAGGUGUGUGCAGCCAAUCAAGAAGGUAAUUGGCGCGAGGAGAGAUGGAAAACUGGUUGCAGCUUUGGACCAGCAGUUUGCACCAGUGUGCUUUUAAUAUGUGUGUUUUUUAACGCUUGGGAGUGGAAACACUGUCAGCAGGAGAGCAGGUGAGAGGGCACGAGGUUCACAAAGGUGGAGGUGUCACCCGCUGAUUCCGUGAGUUUGUCGCCUCCUGGUGGCUGGAGGGGAGCGACACACACAGUGCGAGCAGAGAGACAUAGAGAGUGGAGCACACACACACACACACACACACACGGAGCUCAGAGCAUGUCGCCUCCUGUUGCUGCGCCUGACUGUGGGAUCCGCCGUCGACCUUUCAGACUGUCACACACCGGCGCAGAGAGCUUGUUUUUCACGCGACCGCUCGCUACGAGCGACCCGGAGCUUUGUCGGAGUGAAGCAGCGCCUCGUCUGCUCUGAGUCCGGAGAGGGGAACAAAACCAAACAAAACCCAGGCAAGCGUCAGCGGGGAUUUUUUUUUUUGGACACAACUUGGUGGAAGAAGUCCGCUCGCUGCUUUUGCUUCUGCUGCUGGCUGCUGCUGCGGGAGGAGGAGGAGGAGGAAGAAGAGGAGGAGGAGGAGGAGGAGGAGGAGGAAGAGGAAGAGGAGGCGGUUUGCUGGCGGCUGCUUUGCUUCGGAGCUGCUCGCUGAGAAAAGUGUGAAACAAGUGUCAGGAAGAGAGCAACAGAUGUUUCUCGUCGAUAUGCGGCCGGCCGAGGAAUGAGAGCAGCGGCGGCGAGGCACCGGCGGCCCUUCCAGCGGUUCUGCUGCUGCGGAGUCGGGCUGGUCGCUGUCAUUUGGCUCGCUCAGGUCAUCCAGGCACCAGAGACGGAAUCUUCUGGGCUUCAGCCAGGCGUGAACGAUGGGAUGCUGCGAUGGACUCGCAGGCUGAUGCAGGAGAAGUCAGACAACCAGAGCCUGGAUCAGCCCCGAGCAGCCAUCCAUGAGUUUCCAGAGGACAUCUUCACCAAGGAGCAGAGGAAGAAGGGGGCAGUGGUCCUGCAUGCUCUCUGUGCCAUCUACAUGUUCUACGCUCUGGCCAUCGUUUGUGACGAUUACUUUGUCCCUUCCCUUGAGAAAAUAUCUGAGAACCUGCAGCUCAGUGAGGAUGUGGCCGGGGCAACGUUUAUGGCAGCAGGAAGCUCUGCUCCGGAGCUUUUCACCUCUCUCAUUGGUGUCUUCAUCACUAAAGGAGACAUUGGACUCGGCACCAUAGUUGGCUCGGCUGUCUUCAACAUACUGGUCAUCAUUGGCCUGAGUGGGAUCUUUGCAGGCCAGACGGUGAUUCUGACAUGGUGGUCCCUUUUCCGAGAUUCCACCUACUACAUCCUGGCUGUGCUGACUCUCAUCAUGGUUAUCUAUGAUGCCACAGUUGUCUGGUGGGAGUCCUUGCUCCUCAUGACCAUGUAUGGCAUCUACAUUAUCAUCAUGAAGUUCAACAACCAGAUUCUGGCGUUUGUGACGCGUCAGCUCAGGAGCGGCAGGCCGUGCUGUCCCGCAUCAGAGGACCGCAGAGACGACAAGAUGGGAGAGGACGCCUCUGCUUGCACCACCUCCAUGGUGCUUCUCAACAAAGGUCAAGCCCACGGUCAGGAGCCUGCUCCGGUCGUCAUGGUGGACGAGCUUCUCAUCCUCAACCCCCACAAACUGUCAUUCUCCGACGCCGGCCUGCGCAUCAUGAUCACCCCGCACUUCUCCCCCCGCACCAGGCUCUCCAUGGCAGGACGUAUGCUAAUCAGUGAGAGACAGAGGUUGAUCCAGAACUCAAAGAACCAGAGGGACGGGGAGGCCGGUCCCGGGUCGACCACCAACAGCCUAAAGAGGUCGGGCUCCUGCAGUCUGGAGAACGGAGGCAGGGCGGCCGGGGCGGGAGACGCAGAGCCGGGAGACAAACCGGGGGCCGGGGCCGGUCAGCCAGAGGAGGAGGAGGAUGAUGAAGAUGGGAUUUUCAGUCCUGUGCGCAUACCAGGCAGCUGCUGUGCCCGGGUGAAGUGGGUCAUCACGUGGCCUCUGGGCCUCCUGCUCUACUGCACUGUGCCUAACUGUAUUCUGCCACGCUGGCACCGCUGGUUCAUGGUCACCUUUGUGGCCUCCACCCUGUGGAUCGCCGUCUUCUCCUACCUCAUGGUGUGGAUGGUCACCAUCAUCAGCUACACACUAGACAUCCCAGACUACAUCAUGGGGAUAACCUUCCUGGCAGCAGGGACCAGCGUGCCAGACUGCAUGGCGAGUCUGAUUGUAGCUCGACAAGGCAUGGGGGACAUGGCAGUGUCUAACUCCAUAGGAAGCAAUAUCUUUGACAUCCUGCUGGGUUUGGGUUUCCCCUGGGCUUUGCGUACCCUCGUGGUGGACCACGGAUCAACAGUCUCCAUAAAUAAUAAAGGACUGGUGUAUUCUGUCGUCCUGCUGCUGGCGUCCGUGUUUCUGACGGUGAUGAGCGUUCAUCUGAACCACUGGAAGCUGGAUCGCCGGCUGGGUCUGGGUCUGUUGUUUCUCUAUGCCAUCUUCCUGCUCUGCUCCAUCCUCUUCGGGCAGAUGUGAGGCCUUAAGGUCAAAGGUCCCCCCCUCCCCCCCCACGGCAGAUGACAUGCUGAGUACCUACCUUUCUACCACACGUCCUCUUUCCUGAAGCCAAAAACAAGAGUGACAGCGUUGUUGUGUUUUGACUGUGAGAGUUUCUGUGCACCUCUGUAGGAUUCACUAGGUUGAUACUGUACACAUGCAACUACACAAACACACACUGAAGUCUUUUAUCAAUAGCACAAUGUUUCUGUUUUUCGUACAGUAUAGUGACUGCUCAUGACUUAUGAAAACAAUGUAAUGACAUGGCAGAUGGAAGCCUUUAUUAGUAGCAAUAUAAAACAGGAAAAUUACAUCAUCAACAACAAAAAAAUUGUUCUGUUCUGGUCCGUAUCAGCUAGGUCGUUGUACGUUGUUGUGGCUCGCUAACGUUUUGAUGACAUUUAUUUUGCGUCUGAUCUUUACGUAAAUAUAUGACGAUGUUAAUCUCCUGGCCUUUUCUACUACCAUUCUUUGACAAAAGCUUCAGUUUUAAGAAAAAUCGCUUCCCGACAAAACUUAGCCACGUUAGCUUACCCGUCAACUGGGUGACACACUACAAAUCUGAGCUGCUUCUGCUUGAUUAUUAUGAAUAAAUGUUGAAUCAUAAGUGUUUCAUUAAAGCAAUAAGCCAUUAGGAUUUAGAUUCACAGCACUUUUAGAGGCUCAGUUUUGAUUGUACAGUUUUAAUUGUCAGUCACGCACACUUUUACAUAAACUAUUCACAUCUCAUGCAAAUGACACAAGGUCCUCGUCCUUUCAGCGACUUCCUGUCACUGCAGCUCUUUUUCAUCUGACAGUACUGUUUAAUUUAUUUAUUUAUGUUUUUUAAUGUCUGUGUUCUCGAACCUGCUGCAGCUGCGGGGUAAAUUAAAUUACAGGAUCACAAACUAGCUGACUUCAUAACAACACAGCCGUUGUUUAUCAUAGAGAGUGAGUUUAUAAGCCUGCAUCUCCUCUGCUGCUGUAUCCACAUGUUGUCUCUCCGUAAGUUUGUGUUGGUGAGGAGAGUUCAACAGUGCAUGUUUCUGCUGACGCUAAUGGAACAGUUUGAGCAGGAUAUACACAGGCAGCAGACAGCUGCAGCUGGGAUCUACAGCAGGGGAAAUUAUGCGUUUCAAGCAGCUGUGAGCGUUGUCGUCACUUUAGCUAACUUCCUGUCCGUUUUGCAGGUGGCCGCCCCCUCCCUCCUCUCUAGCAGCAAACAGGAGGAUCCUGCUCUCUAGACAGGACCGCCUCCUUUUCAAGCUCUCUGUCCUGAUUGGAUAACGUGGACAGGGAUACCAGAAAAAGUUUUUUUGUCUUCUACUGCAUGAGCAGCAGGAGGAGAGACAUAAGUUAUUGGCCAAACACUCUUUAACAGUGAUUAAUGUUGGAAUAUAGUUAGUUUACACUGAUUAUUAUAAUGAAACAUGGAUCACUUACAGCACUUACAGUGAGACUACCAAUUAAAAAAUCACACUGGGAAACCAUUCAUUUGAAAAAGUAAAUAAAUUAAUACAUUUAGAUAUAUUUCACGUGCUCUGUGGCCAUCUCAUCCUUAUGAAGAGCUUCAGGUUAAAAGGUUAAAACAUCUUGUCUCUGAAGAUUUCACAGAUAUUAGAAAUGGUACAUAUAUCUGCCGUGCCAUGCUCGGGGCCUGUUGUUUAAGAUAAAAAGAAUAAACCUCUGUCAGAGUAGUGUGUUUUGUAGGCCUUCGCUUUGAAUAUGUUUUGAAUGUACACCCGUUUAGUGUGGAAAUAUUUACAUGUAUUCAAAUGUAGCAGGCGGCACUGAAUUACGCAGGAGAACCUCUGAACAGACAGUGAGGUACUUUAGUCCGACUCCAUGUAUGUGGAACAGAAACACUGAUGAAAAUGCACAUUAUUGUGACAAUAUUUUGAAGAUUUUUGCCUCACUGCUCAUCAGCAAGUAUUGGUACAUCUAAAUGUACGUUAAGAGAUUAACUUAGUGUUACAGUAUUUUUAGAGGUCUUAUUACUAUGAAAUCUAAUAUAUAAUGUUCUGUCACAAAACUUUGAUGACUUUGAGUGCAGGUUAGUUGUAAUACUUCACGUUUUAGGUACGACAAUCGAUGUUUGUAUUGUUUCCUGUACAUUUUAGGGAGAUUAAUUUUGCUUUGGUGGAACAUUUUCACACACUUUUCGAUCAGGACGGAAGCAGCACAUUAUAUACACACUCAUACAUGUACUGUAUUUGUGUGUUAUGGCAAAUAAUGCUGCAUAUUCCAUGUUUAUAUACACCUGCUGCUCCUCUGUCCUUUUAAAAAAAUUGCAAUUUGGACACCUUUAGAUGAUAUGAUGACUAAAUAUUCCACCAAAAUGAUCUGAGCAAUCCUUUUUUUUUUUAUUAAAUGGCUGUAUGAUUAUUAUUAUAAUUGUCUACCUGACAAUACUUUUUACUGUUUGUAAAUGUUAAAUAAUUUACAUAGUUUUACAAUAAUGAAUGUCUGACAGAGACUAGUUUUGUGGUGUUUUUGAUAUUUUUGAAAAAUUAUAAUGUAAGCCUACUUGUGAACUGUCAUUGUAGCAGAAUGAAUGCGUACUGUCACUGUUUGUAUAGUGGAAUACGAAGGCUGUGAUGUGAGACUAGCACUCGAGUUGUUUGUGAAUUCAAUUGAAGUUGUGUCUUAAAAUCUUCUCAGCGCUCAGUUGUUCUUUUUAUUUCAGUAUUGUUUCAUCGACACACUGAACCUUUAUUUCUUGCAAAGGCCCACAGAACAUGAAGCUGCCGUUUACAGGUUUAAUUUAGUUGAUGAAAAAAAUAAUUGUAAAUGUUUUUAAAGGUGCUAUAUGUAGGAAUCGGCAACAUGUUGAAUUCAUACUCCGACAAAAAGGGGCAGCGUAUCACCAUGGUUACCGCUAACUGCUGCUAACUGUAUUCUACUCUGACUGUAGCUGCCCUUAGCUUGUUAGCUCAGUGAGAUAUGCAGCUGGUUGCAGCACUGGGGGCGGAGUCUGUUUUUUUUUUAUACUGCUAUCACAGCAGCAGCGCUUUCAGGCCCAGAGCUAGCUGGUUAGCAUGCUAACAAUAUCCCUGCAACACAGUAGGAAGCAGCACAUUAUUGAUGUCUUCACACAUCAGACUGAUUUGUCUUCAACCUUCUGUUGAUCAAUUUUGUUUAUGUUUGAAUGUUUUGAGCUACUUCUUACAUAUUGCACCUUUUUAAAGAAUGGAUAAAAUAUUAACUUUGUGAAUGUCUGAGCAGUUGAUCUGAGUUUUUACCAUUUCAAUAGUUAAAUUAGUUUUCAAGUCUUUGGAAACCAGUCACCCUUUUUAACUUUUACAAUGUUCUUGUGCUCAGUGUCUUAGUUUUUCAGGGUCCAAUGUGGAGAAAAAAAUCCACUUAAUUUAAAUAACAGAAAGUACAUCUUUCCCUACUAAAUUGACUCAAACAUUUUUUUUUUCAUCCAUUAUUCAUACUCUGUCUUUUUGCUGCCGUUAGAAGUGUUAUUACAUUUAAACAUAUUUGAUCCGAUCUGCUCAAAUGUCAUGCCAGGAUGUUAUCAGAUCCCAUUAGUGCAUCUCAACGCACUGUUAAAAUGUCCGUGCAAAAAAGAAAAUGUGACGAUCACCAUAUAAAUGCUCAUGUCCCCAAUAAAUAAGUACAGAAGAUAGAAGACACAUUCACACUAUUAUUAUGUAUUUAGCUCGUUCCAGUGCUAAAUGCAGACCCUAAAUUGAGACACCGCAUUAGUAAACUGUACGGCGGCCAUUUUCCUCUGACAUCAUGUGAAGGAUGUGAAGCUCAAUUGUUAUUCUGCUUUUGUUCCAGGUUGUAAAGACAAAGGAAAGUCACAACAGCCAACAUUAGCAUUCAGCCACUUCCCAAGAUUAAUGUUUGAUAGUGUUAAAAAAUACAAGAAAGGUGUGAAAUCAUUCUGAAAAAUCAAUGUAGCUUCAUAUUAGACAUAUUUUUUUCAAUGCACUGGCUGUAGCAAAUGAAACGGUAAUAUUAGCGAGGAAGGGGUGAAAUGCUAACGUUGGCUAAUGGGUUACAAAUAUGUUGUUUUACCUGGAAAAUGGUCUGACAUCCCUCAAUAUAUAUAUUUUCACUAUCCAGCUGAGAAGUGAUGAAAUGAUAACAAUUUGACAUUGGAGCCUCCCACCCUGAGAGGGAUGUUAGACGAAAAUGGCUGCCAUGUGAAUAUGGUCUUUUACUACUGAACCGAUUAGCUGAAUGUUCCAGUAGUUGAUCAAAAGCAAAUAAGUCAAUAACUAUUCCAGUCAUAAAUUAUUUGAGUCCCUGAUCAAGCAAAAAGUAAAGUUUUACAGAUGUGAGAAUUUUCUGCUUUUGACUUUGGGAAGGCUAGUUGAACAAAACAGCCACCGUCUGAGAAAUAAACACGACAUCUUUCACUGUUCUUUUUUUUUCCUGCCAUUUAAAGAACCGACCAAUGAAUCACUUGGUAAAGUAAUCAGUAGAGGAAUCGUUUGUACCAUGCUCUCCAUUCAUCUUUUUAUGUGUUUCUUUUGUAGCAUUCUCCAAGAUAGAAACUGUCACUGUGUAUCCUCAGCAUCUUCAUCCCUGUUUAACAUCCUCAGUUGUGUUAUGUGUUUUUUUUGUUGUUUUUUUUGCCAGAAGAUGAUUCACAACAGUUUGUAAUGCUAAUGUGUUCUGUCACUCCGCUGUUGAGUCUGUUCCAAUCCAGUAAUAAUCUCAAUACGCUGGUAGUCACGGCUACGGAGGCACAACAGCACCAAACCAAACAAUGAACUCCUGAACUUGUUGUGGUUUCACAGCACUCAAAGAAUGUUCUGUUUAUUCUGCUGUGAUGUUGGAGGUAGUUUCAAUUUAUUGCUUAGAGGUCGUAUGGGAUUAUAGAAGACUGUUGUAUCUUGAGUCCAAUAAAAAAAAAAAAAGAAAAACUGUGCAAUAACAACUCA